CUGCCUUUCGAGUUUCGAGGUCGAGUUCAGUCGCACUCUGUUACGUAAGAUACAAUAAAAUGCGGUCGGCGGUUUAGAUUGACUGAAAUCUGCGACAAUGGCGUUGGGGAAAGACGUGGCCGCCUUGAUGCGCGGCCUGCAGCUGGUGGCCAAAGAGGCGGCCAAGUUGGGAGAGGCCGAAUGUGCACGCCGGCUGGAAAACUCGAGCAUUCGGGCCCUCUUGAACACGGAGGGUAAGAAGCUGAGCCAAUGUCUGGCCGAGGCAGUUUCAACACCAAAUUUACAGGAUCGAAUCGGCAAGGCUGCAGUUGAGACUGCAGAGAGGUCUCAAAUGGUUGUGGAAGGACUCCGAGCGAUGGCCUCGCACUACGCAGGAAAACCUUACACUGCAUCAGGGGGUGCAGCUCAAAGUUUGGAAUCUCUGCAGGGUUUUAAAAUUCCGGAUGACCCGUUUGGGACGUUUCAAGAGUCGUUUGAAAAAAUUACGCCAGUGAAAAAUGAAGUCAAGAAAGAUGAGCGAAUUGUGAAAAGAACACCACCAAAACCGGUCGAGGAAGAACCAAAAGUUCCAAAUAUUCAAAAGCAAUCGGUCAAAACUAAACCAAAAGUGAAAACAACGCUGAGUGAAAACGCAAAACAACGAGCCGUCCCGUCGACUCGCAUCGGCCGCUUGAUAUCCUUUGGAAGUCUGGCGGCCGGUCUUGGUGUUGGCACUGUGGCUGAGGCUUCGAGAAGAGCUCUGGGCCUGGCUGAAAAAAGUGGUCCAGUAUUGGAUGCCAGCUCCUUUCUCAGCGAGGCGAAUGCUGAGAGAAUCGUCAACACUUUGUGCAAAGUCAGAGGAGCCGCUCUGAAGAUUGGACAAAUUCUUAGCAUUCAGGACAACAGUAUCAUCAGCCCUCAACUGCAAAAGGCCUUCGAAAGGGUUCGUCAGUCUGCAGAUUUCAUGCCGACCUGGCAAGUUGAAAAAGUGCUAGCGUCUGAGUUUGGGUCUGACUGGCGCUCUAAGGUGGCCUCAUUUGAAACAAAACCUUUCGCGGCCGCCUCUAUUGGGCAAGUGCACCUGGCGACCCUGCACGACGGCACGGACGUGGCCAUGAAAAUCCAGUAUCCAGGCGUAGCAAAGGGAAUUGAAAGCGACAUCGACAACCUGGUGUCCCUUCUCAAAGUGUGGAAGAUUUUCCCUGAAGGCUUGUUCAUUGACAAUUUGGUGGAAGUGGCUAAAAGGGAGCUGGCCUGGGAGGUCGACUACGAGCGGGAGGCGCAGUGCACCAAGCGCUACAGAGAAAUGAUGGCCCCUUACCCUGAAUACGUCGUGCCGAAUGUUGUUGAUGAGCUCUGCACGAAGCAAAUUUUCACCAGUGAGCUGAUAAGUGGAGUGCCGGUUGACCAGUGCGUAAAUAUGGACGAAGAGACGAGAAAGAGGAUUGCAAUGCUCAUUAUGGAACUCACCCUGAAGGAGCUCUUUGAGUUUCGAUACAUGCAGACCGACCCGAACUGGUCCAACUUUUUCUAUGAUCCUGACACAGGAAGGCUGUGUCUCUUGGAUUUUGGCGCCACGAGAGAAUACGACAAAGCCUUCAUGGAUAUGUACAUCCAGGUUAUCAAAUCGGCAGCCGAUGGAGACCGCGAGGGCGUGCUGAAAAUGUCCCAGGCGAUGGGAUUCCUCACCGGCUACGAGUCGAAGGCCAUGGAGAACGCUCACGUGGACACGGUCAUGAUUCUCGGGGAGACUUUCCGGUCGGACGAGCCUUUCAACUUCGGCCGGCAGAACACGACCCGGCGAGUUCAGUCGCAAGUGCCGACCAUGUUGGCGCACCGCCUCUGUCCGCCGCCAGAGCAGAUUUAUUCGCUGCAUAGAAAGCUGUCUGGUGUGUUUUUACUGUGCGCCAAACUGAAUGUAGCUAUUUCCUGCAGGCCAAUGCUCCAGAGAGUCUGGCUUGAUUACAGAUUUGGCUAGUUUAGCCACUUGUUUUGCUUCGAUAAUAUGUGAUAAUAUUUAAUUUAUUAUAGAGAUAAACUGGUGCUGUAGAUUUAUUAAAAAAAUUUGUAUAAAAAUCA